CAGUCACACUCACUCGCUCUUUUUUCAAACUAAAAAAAUAGUCUCGGUGUCUCUCUCUCUCUCUCUCUCUCGCUUCAGUUCUGUUCAGGUUUAUAUUCUGCACCAAAUGCCUUCAGUUUAUCUCAAGAACAAGCAUGCAUCAAUCAUUUGGUGCAAUUUUAACUUCGUGAACCGGGGGAGGCUCUGGUGUUCUUGGAAGAUAUUGUUUCGGCAUUGGACUUGACUGAUUUCUUUUGUUACUGUGUCAAUUUUAGCUUCAUUCUCAUUGCAUUGUUGGGAAAAGGGAUUGGCUAUUUGUUGAUUAAGGUACAGCAGAUUACGAAUUAUUAUUCUUCACUCCUCGUGAGGAAAUUGGAUACUGCGAAUCAAAGUUAUGGAAUCAAGUAACUCCGGUUUGGAUUUUGAAUUCCCUGUCGAGGAAUCUACCAUUUACUCAGACUUGGGAGAUUUGGGCUACGCAGCUGGACCAAGUGAAGAUGGAUAUGAUUUGUCCACUGGUUCUCCGGACAAUUGUCUUUACAUGAGUGAUCUCGAGAAGCCUCUGAAUUUUGCUCCUGAAGCUGGUGAAUCUCAUCACAUUCCAAGUAAUGGCCUCUAUGCUGGAUACAAUGAUUAUACUGAUGCAGAGCUGUUUCCUAGCAAUCCUUGUGGUGCUGCUCAGCUCAUAUCUUUGUCAGAUCUAUCUGAUCCACUGCCACAGAGACCUUGUGGGUUUAUGAAUGUCAGUCAUAACGGAGCUAUUGAAGCCACAUUUCCUUUUGAUGCAUCUGAAAUUAUUGAAGAGUUGGGAGAUUUGGGCAAUACAUCUGGGCUUAGUCAUAACGAAACUUCUGAUGCAGCAUUUCCUUUUGAUGUUUCUGAAAUUAUUGAAGAGUUGGGAGAUCUAGGCUAUAAAUCUGGACUUAAUCAUAAUGGAACUGCUGACACUGCAUUUCCUUUUGAUGUAUCUGCAAUUAUUGAUGAGUUGGGAGAUCUGGGAAAUACAUCUGUACUUGUUCAUAAUGGAACUAUUGAAGCAGCAUCACCAUUUGAUGUAUCUGAAAUCUUAGAAGAGUGGGGAGAUCUUUGCAAUACCUCUGGACUUGGACAUAAUUUCUCCACUUGUUCUCUGGAUGAUUGUAUUAACAUAGAGGAUCUCGAGAAGCUACUGAAUUGCCUUGCUGAAGCUGAUGAAUCUCAACAAACGGUCUGUUCAACCAAGAAAGAUAGAAAAAGGAAAAGGAAAGAAAGAAAUUGAUAUUUACAAAGAAGUGCAGUAGCUCUAAAAUCCUUACGGUUUUGCCCAUACUUUUUUUUUUUUUUUUUUUUGAUCUAUUACAUACAAGAUCUUAUAAUUUUGUAUAUGGUGAAAAAGUUUCGAAUUUAUAACAAAUUUUGGUAGUAUUUAUCUUUA